CUCUCUACAAAAAGGGGUUGUGUUAAAUUUCUCAGAAAAAAACCUAAAGAAAAGAUGGAGCAGAUUCAGCACAAGCAUGUUGAAGUAGGAGGGCUAAAGCUUCAUGUGGCUGAGACAGGCACAGGUCCUAAAGCGGUGCUGUUCUUGCAUGGCUUUCCUGAAAUAUGGUACUCAUGGAGGCACCAAAUGGUUGCUGCUGCAGCUGCUGGCUACCGAGCAAUUGCCUUCGAUUUCAGGGGCUAUGGGCUCUCCCAACACCCUCCUGAGCCUGAGAAGGCAUCAUUUGGUGAUCUUGUGGUUGAUGUAAUUGGAGUUAUGGACUGUUUAGGCAUCAAUAAGGCAUUUCUAGUAGGGAAGGACUUUGGAGCUAUGCCGGCAUUCCACGUAGCCGUAGUCCACCCUGAAAGGGUGUCUGGUGUCAUAACACUGGGUAUCCCUUUCUCUCUACCAGGUGUAUCGGCCAUCCAAAUGCAUCUCCUUCCGAAAGGCUUCUAUGUUCAGAGGUGGCGGGAACCAGGGAGAGCUGAAGCAGAUUUUGGUCGCUUUGAUGUUAAGACGGUGAUAAGAAACAUCUACAUUCUCUUUUGUGGAAGUGAGCUCCAAGUAGCCAGUGAUGACCAGGAGAUCAUGGACUUAGUUAAUCCAUCUACCCCUCUACCGCCAUGGUUCACUGAGGACGACCUCAAAGUCUACUCAAGUCUAUACGAGAAUUCUGGGUUUCGUACUGCACUGCAGGUUCCAUACAGGACUUUGGCUGAAGAUUGUGGUAUAACUGAUCCAAAAAUUACAGCUCCAGGGCUGCUAAUCAUGGGUGAGAAGGACUAUGCUCUAAAAUUACCUGGGUUGGAGGGAUACACGCGGAGUGAGAAAGUGAAGGAGUUUAUGCCAAAUUUGGAGAUCAUUUUCAUGGCAGAAGGGAAUCAUUUUGUCCAAGAACAACUUCCAGAGCAGGUGAAUCAACUACUCAUCACCUUUCUCAACAAACAUAGCACCUGAUGAAGAUGCUGUGCGAGUUCAAUUGCAGAAUAAGAAGAUCCAUGAGAAGAAUAAGAUGUCCACUGUGGCAGCUUUAAGAAUGUAUUUGUUAAAGAUCUCUUAUGGAGUUUUUCACUCUGACUGCCAUCUUAAUUUGUCACAUGUAUUCAAUUACUGAACUAUGGUGGAUCAACAUGGUUUCAGGUCCAUCAACUUGGUUGAAAAACCUAGAAGGUGAAUCUCAAUUAUGAAUUA